AUGCCUACCGUCUUUCUGGGUCACCUAUCAUUCGCACUGACAAUUCCUACUGCAUCAACAAAAAAACUAGCAUCUGCAACAGGAAAAGCAGCACUGACCUCCGUAGAGCUAGAUUCAGUCAAAUGGUUACCACGCUUAACACUUGGAAUUGGAAGUGUGAUGGAGAUCUCGUUCACUCUUGACUUUCAAUGCUCAAUGGCUCAGUGGCAGCCAGUUCAAUGUCAGCUAGAUUUCCACGUUCAAGCUCUAAAUGCUUUGUACAGCAGAGGAAGCGAGUUGGCUACUUCUCUCGAUAGAGAACCCGAAAGGGAGCGAAUUGCUGCCGCCGUAAUGAAGGAAUUCCGGUUGGAGGCCGAUCGAUGGAAACUUAUAUCACUAGCACUGGUUCUUCCAGCAACAGCUCUUACUGUAACAGAACUAGGACCGUCAACUCCAACUGUAGCAGCGGGAAUGCCUUCACCACCAGAUAUUGCAUCAACGGUGGUUUAUUGA